AAGAGCCUGGUAUUGAUUCUGUAAGUCACGGUGUGUGGACUGCUGUGCAGCUGCGGGUAGAGCACCUCUCCUCAGUGCUUCCUCCAGCCUCUUGCCGGUGGUUACCCUGCCCAGGCUGCAUGGGACCAGCUGUUUGGAUUUCAGAGUUGGAACUGUCUGAUGUCCAUCGUGAGCAUCUGGGGGAGGGACCCAGUCUAAACAACAGAUCCCAUUCAUGUCCAUCCACCUCUUGCACAGCCCGAGUGGUUCUACAAGUGCUCUCCAGGCCUGAGCUGCAACUGUGCCCUGUCACGUGAGGUCAGGCCUGGGGUUUUCUGUUGGUGGCACUGUGUCACUGUUCAAGAAGCGUUGGAGUUUGGAGCAUUUCAAAUUCUGGAUUUUCAGAUUAGGGUGCUCAGCCUGUGUGUGUCAGUGACAUGCACAAGAUAUUACUCAAAAUCUCUGUUUAUAUUUCUAGCAAGGUCUUGGGACUGUGAAGGGAGAUCAAAUGGCAAACUCUGGUCAGCGGAGUGUGGACAGUGUCUUACUCUCCCUUCCUGAGGGAGGGAAAAUGGGUGCCAGAGCGUCCUCACCCAGGGCAUUUGUGGCCUCAGCCUUGUCACCAGCCUCGGCCUGCUGCUCAUCUACUAAGGAUCAAAAACUGGUGACAGGUCCAGACCUGACCCCAGAGGUGGCCGAUGACCCUGGGAACUAUCUGCCAUUUCCCAAGUUUUUGAGAGCCCAGGUGCUGUGUGGUGGAAAGUGAAGAGACUCAGAACGUGGAAGCAGAAGCUUCUGUGUGGCAGGUGAAGCAUGAGUCAGGGCACCGGCCAGACCUUGGCAGAGUGAGCACAGGCCCUUUGCUCCUAUCUGAGCUCGCAGCUCUGCAGUGUCUCUCAAAGGUCAUCCUGUUUAGUGUCUCACAUGCACCCACAAGCAGGGCUGGGAGCUCUGGUGGGGCAGCAGGCUCUGAGGUCUGGUUGGUCGCCGUGGGUGGUCAGUCCACUGUCAGUGUGCACGCAAAACAGAAUGGCAUUGGAGUGGGGAGAGACCAGGAGCUAAAGGCUACAAAAUCUUACUCUGCUUCUAAAACGGCACAACCCCAAGCAGCAACUAGAUAAGGAGACCCCAUCAGUGGUCCCACUGGCUCUCAGACUCGGAGCCCACUUACGCAUGUGCUUGUUUAGAGGGCCUCUCUUGUUGGGAGUGAGCAGUGGACGUGGACUGUGGAUGCUCGCCACAUGCCAGGCUGUGUGUGAGUUGUUGAUUUUGAUCUCAACAGCAGCAGAAGUGGGCAGCUGGGGUUGAAGUGAGUCAGGAUGGAAAGCUGGUCUGCCACUGCACAGCGACCUCAGGAGUGUGUGGUGGGCCACUGCUCCGAGGUCCAGCCUUGCUCCUGGAGGGCGCUGACGCCCUCAAGCCCCGUGAGCUGUUGGCUGUGCAGAACUGGACUCUGGGAUGGAGAGCAGGUGGACAGUGCUGCCUUCGCGUCCCUCUGAGCACGUUAGAGAGCUCUUCUGGUGUUCACCACCCCAUGUGAGGAGUGACUCUGGGGAGGUGAGUGGCGACACCCUUACCCACAUGGGGGGCCUGUGGGCUCCGUCAGUGUGACCAGCCUCCUCAAGGGAGCCGAAGCCAGGCAGGUGGUGACUCUGCCUUCUUCUGAGGGUUCGUGCAGUUGGUAUCCUUGUCUCUGGGACUGGGGCCCAGAGCCUGUCCUGAGAUCUUGCUCUCUUGUUGGGGCCAAGUGUGGGCUCUAGUGCUUACCUGGGGUGCCUCAGGUCCCAGCGUCUGGCCCCCGUGGGGGACCCAACUUCACGCCCAUGCCCACCUGACCUGGCUUUUCAUCACGCACCUGCUGCAGUUUCCACCGCGUGGAGAUUCACGUGAGGCUGAUUGUCCAGGCUCGGCCCUGGUGAGGUAGGGAAGCGGCUGCACCUGGGCCAGCUGCGUGAUGUUCCCGGGUCACGUACUGAUCUGUUUUCAGUCCACAGGCCACAUUGGGACUGCUGCUUUUUUUUGUAGCAAUGAAGUUGAGAGAAUGCUGGAGAGGCACGAACGCUUCAGGCCUGAAAUGUUUGCGGAACUGCUGCAAGCAGCCAACACAGCCGGCGACUACAGGAAGUGCCCCAGUAAUUGUGGCCAAAAAAUAAAAAUCCGCCGUGUUUUAAUGAACUGCCCAGAGAUUGUCACGAUUGGUUUGGUCUGGGACUCGGAGCAUUCUGACCUGACUGAGGACGUCGUCCGGAACCUAGCGACACACCUCUAUCUUCCUGGGCUGUUCUACAGGGUCACUGACGAGAGCGCCCGGAGCAGUGAGCUGCACCUGGUGGGCCUGAUCUGCUACGCCAGCCGGCACUACUGUGCCUUCGCCUUCCACACCAAGAGCUCCAAGUGGGUGUUUUUUGAUGAUGCGAAUGUGAAAGAGGUUGGAGCCAGGUGGAAAGAUGUGGUCUCCAAAUGCACCCGGGGUCACUUCCAGCCGCUGCUCUUGUUUUACGCCAACCCAGAUGGCACGGCAGUUUCCACUGAAGAUGCUCUCAGGCAGGUGGUCACCUGGUCACAUUACAAAUCUGUUGCAGAAAAUAUGGGAUGUGAAAAGUCUACAAUUCAUAAGUCAGAUAGUUGCAAAGAAAAUGAGUGUACCGGUCACGGUCUCGGAGAACUGAGAGGAGGUCAGAACCCUCAGAGUGAGGUGUCGUCAUUUAAUCGGAGCCCCGUUCAAGCAAGCGGAGGGAGAGGAGCGGUUAAGCUAAGCCAUGGUGAUCAAAGGGAAAAGGUGAAAGACCUCUCCAGAGAAUGUGCUCUGAGAGCCAGGCGGCAGAGAAGCUUGCUUUCUGCCCAGUGGAGAGUUCUCGAGCAGACACAGAGGAAGGACACGGCCCGGCACAGAGGUCUGUCUGAUGAGGAGCUCUCACAUGUCAAGCCCGGGUCACCACCUGCCUCCAGUGACUUCAGGCGACAGGACAGCGCUCAGCUCUGCCACAGUCAAGGGAAGGGGCCCUGUAGACAGGAGCGCGUGGCCUCUCAGAGUCGAGCUGCUGGGCAGACAGCGAGUCCCAGCAAGUCCCAGGCACCUGUUCCAGGAGAGAGAGCGGCCCGCAAGGUCAGCGGUGCUGGGUGUGGCCCAGACAGCAGCCAGAGCUCUCGGGACAGACAUGGUGGCCGCAGCCGGAGCCGGGGCCGAGGGUGGAGGCCCCUGAGGGAGGCCCUGAAUGUGGACAGCGUUUUCAGUGACAGUGGGAAGAGGCAGCACAGCCCACAGCGCCAGGCGGACAUCAGCCAUGGACCCCAGGGGGCCCGGGAGCAGACCUGUGGCAGCUGGUCUAAGCAGAGCACAAAGCAGAAAGGGCUGGUGACCAUCUACGAGGACGAAGGGAAGCCUGAGACGGGAAGCAGGAGCUCCCUGGACUCUGGCGGGAAGGGAGCAGAGAGCAGGGCAGGCCCCGUGGAGCGUGGGGUUCCUGGUGAUGGCUGGCAGGUGCAGAGGACCGAGUCUGGGUAUGAAAGCAGUGACCACGUCAGCAACGGGUCUGCCAGCCUGGACGCGGCAGCUGCCGACGGGGGUGGCCCAGCAGUGGCCAGCGGUGCUGCUGGAGAAGCAGGGACUUGCAGUGACCGGAUCAGGAUGAGCAGCCCACACGCAGAGCAUGCGGACUGUACCUCCCACCAGAGCAGACGCCACGCAGAAGAUUUUAGAAGAGAACAUAAGGACUUGGAAGCAGGCUAUAAAUCCCAUGAGCUCCACCCAGGAUCACAUCUGCAAGUAAAAAGUCGUUUGGUGAAAAGGCCACAUGCCCAUGAAACCACUGGAAACUUCCUUCCUUCACCUGGCCCCCAAAUACUCAAGGACCACACUGCAAGAGAGCACACCCACCAGUCAGGUCAUCGGGAAUCUGAAAAACCGAAUGGAAGUCACUUGUCUGAGUGGCUUAGUAGAGAACAUUCUGAGGGGGCAGCUUUGCCCUUUCACCUCUGUGACAGUUCGCCUGGAAAGAGAGUGAACAGUAGUGAAGUGGCCUCCCCGUCUUCUUCCCGUUCUGCACGUUCCAGGGCUGUCGGCCCAAAGCGGGACGCUAUUCCGCAGCAGACCAGGAUAGAGCCAUGCUACUGUGAGAACUCUCCUUCCACGGUACCUGUGGCUCAGCCAGCCUGCCGAUGUGAUGGUUGCCAGGGGCCAGAACUUCUUUGUCAGCUUCUGCCACCCGCAUUGCCACCAAAGAAACAUGCUGUUACUAGUGUGCCAAAGUCGGAGAGGAGUGAGCCUGUGCCUGAUGUCAGACUUUCAGGGGUGUUCAGCGGUCCCACGAGGCCAAGCGCAGUGUCAGAGCCAGGUUCAGAAUUCAGUACACAUGCGGACCACCUGAGAUGCAGAGAGACCCUUCAAGUGAAGUUGCGUACGGGCAGCAGAGCCCCCUGCCUGUUCAACACUGCAGCUUGUGGGUUUCAGGCAAACUCAACUACAGUUGAGGAUGCACUCUGCCAGCCAGAACUGGACUCUAGUUCUCCGUGCCCAAGUGAGACCGUCUCAUUAACUACCUAUUUUUCAGUUGACAGCUGCAUGACUGAUACGUACAGACUGAAAUACCAUCAGAGGCCCAAGCUCUGCUUUCCAGAGAAGACUGGCUCUUGUCACAGCCCUUCACCGACUCAGAGUGAUAGAAGCGUAGGACCUGUCACAUGAUGGCCUUGGCCCACCCUGCCCUUCCACAAGUCCAGCAUGCACUGUAGCAGGUAGAUGAUGGAGUCCACCAGCUUAUUCUCAGAGGCCAUUAAAAAUCAAAUCUGUGGCAUUUUAAAAAUCAUAUAUAUACAUACACACACACAAAAGAAUAUAAAUAUAAUGUUAAAAUGUUUUGCUCUAUAAUGAUCAAUUACUGGAUAUUUUGGAAAUUCACUUUGAAUAUCGUGGCAUGCCUUGAAAAAUAGCAAGUCAGGGAAUAUAUAAUACUAUUUGUCAUAUGUAACAGUUGAAUAAAAAUUAGAUUUGUCCCCCUCUAACACGGCUAGUAGACCCAUAGUAUCAAACUGACCAGUUCCACGGGAACUGCCCGUCUGCAUGCCAGCAGCACAUAGGUUGUCAGGUCAAAGCAGAGUCUGCCUUUAAGAGCACUUUUUGAUUGUAGCCUACAGGUUUCACCAGUUUGUUCCUGAUUUCUUCCAUGCCUGGCCCUUCAAGUGUCUUUUAAAAAAAAAAAAUGACCUUUUUUUGUAGAAUCUUGGGGGAAAUUGCCUUAAUGAUUAACAAUUUUUCAAAUUUCAAGGUCAGGACUAAUUUUUCUCCUAGAACAUAUAUCUUCAGAGUAUCUGGCUAACGUAAAUAGGCCUUUAACCCUUAUAUGUGUUUGUAAAUAUUGCUUUGGCCACGAGCUGAGAAGUCAAAAGUGUAAACUUAAGUAUAUUUAUUUAUCUUGUUACUUUUUUUUUUUUUCUAAUUUUACGUGAAAUGUGAAAGACUUUUAUUUUGGUUACAUUUGCUUUGGGCUGCUAAUAACCAAUGUUAGGAAUUAACCUCGAGUCCUGUUAAUUGGGACUGUCAAACUGCCCAAGUUCUCUCUGCUCCAGUCUUACACUCCUAGGUUGUCAACUCAUUUUACUACGCAGCCUUCCAGGUUAACUUUGUCUUUCAUACAGAGGGUUUAAUUUUAAUGAAAUGGGUAUCUAAUUUGGGCACCCUUCCAAUUUUUUCUUUCUCAAAUCAUUUUAUCACAGCUACCUUCAUGGAGAGGGCUUUCUUUAAAAAUUAUAGGGAUUUUCAUAUGGUAAACUUAGGAGCGAGAACAACUCCCUUAUCUCCUUAGUUGUCAGUUUAUUUUAUACUAAGCUGAUAACCUGAUUGGGAUUGAGAAUAGUUUUAUAGUGUCUAUUCCAGAGAAUUGAGAAUUUAUAAUUCAGUAAACUAAUAAGUUUAAUAUCUUGGCCAAUUCCUUAAAUUGUGUAAAUUUUUCCAAAAUGUAAGUGGUUAAAAUGAAUACUAAAUUGAUUAUAAAAGCUAACCCUAGCCCUCUGACUUUGGCCACCAAGACUGUCUUCUGUCUAUAGACAUUCUCACCAGCCUUUUUUACCUUUUUAUAUGCUCUCAAUUUAGAAAUACUUGAAUAUCAAAUUUUUAUCUUUUAAGAAAACUUAAGUUUUUAUAAUGGAAGGUUUGUAAGUAAUGUAAGGUUUAUAGAAUUGUAUCUGAAAUGUCAAUGUUUUUCAUUGCUGCUUUGAUAAUGCAAAAUACUAAAGAUGGGGCUUCAAGUAUUUUUUAAUAGCUUUCAAAAACUGUGUGGGCUCAUAUUAACUUCAAUUUGGUCAAGAUGUUCAGUUUGAAAUAUAUUAACUGAAACAUU